AGGGCCCGAGCACCAGCCUUCCAGCGGGCACGCGCGGCCAUCCGCUGGGGCCUCGGGCGGAGGCCAUGAGCCACGCGGCCGUUGAGGCGCGUGGGCCUGCCCCGCUGAGCAGGGUGUCCGCGAAGUUCAGGGAGCUGGAGAGACUCGACCCGCUGCUGGCCGAGAACCCGGGCCGAUGGGUGAUGUUCCCCAUCAGGCACCCGGAGGUCUGGGACAUGUACAAGAAGCACGAGGCGUCCUUCUGGACCGCGGAGGAGGUGGACCUCUCGCAGGACAGCGCGCACUGGGAGGGCCUCUCCGACAGCGAGCGCCACUUAUCUUCGUGAAGCACGUCCUGGCCUUCUUCGCUGCCUCGGACGGGAUCGUCCUGGAGAAUCUGGCCGGCAACUUCUCCACGGAGGUCCAGAUUCCAGAGGCGCGGGCCUUCUACGGCUUUCAGAUGGCGAUGGAGAACAUCCACUCCGAGACGUACUCUCUGCUCAUCGAGCAGUACAUCCGUGAUCCCCGUGAAAAGGACGAAGUCUUCGGCGCCAUCCAGACCAUGCCCGCAGUGCGGCAGAAAGCCGAGUGGGUGAUCCAGUGGAUGAAUCGAGAGAACAGCUUCGCAGAGCGCAUCGUGGCGUUCGCUGCCGUGGAGGGCAUUCUCUUUAGCGGCUCCUUCUGCGCCAUCUACUGGCUCAAGAAGCGCGGCCUCAUGCCCGGGCUCACCUUCUCCAACGAGCUCAUCUCGCGCGACGAGGGCCUCCACGCCGAUUUCGCCUGCUUGCUCUACAGCAUGCUGCAGAACAAGCUGCCACAGGACGUCGUCCACGACAUCCUCCGCGGGGCGGUGGACGCGGAGCGGGCGUUCAUUUGCGAGGCGCUGUCGUGCAGCCUCAUCGGCAUGAACAGCGAGCUGAUGACAGGGUACAUCGAAUUUGUCGCCGACCGGCUGGCGACUGCGCUGGGCUACGGGAAGCUCUUCGGAACAGCGAACCCCUUCGACUGGAUGGAGAUGAUCUCGCUGCAGGGCAAGACCAACUUUUUCGAGCGGCGCGUGGGCGAGUACCAGAAGGCAGGCGUGGCAGCGUGGAGCCGCGGCGACAGCCGGGCUCUCGUGCUGGACGCGGAGUUCUGAGCGCGUCCGCGCCCCUCCUGCCUGGCCUCCGGUUCCGGUGCGUGGACCCCCCUCUUGGACGCCCCCCUCUUGGCCGCUCCCGACUCUCGCGCCGCGGGCUCGGUGCGCGGUGUGCGCCGGGCCCGGCCGGCCGCGUUUUCCCAGCGCGCGGGGGCGCCCCCGCGUCGGGGCCCUCGCGCGGGGAGGCGCGUCGUGGGGCUGCCACAUCGCGCCUGCCCCAGCCGCCCAGCAGCCGACAUCCCCCCCCCCUGUUUGGGCCUCCCGCCGUCAGCUUCCUCCGCAGCCGGGCGGUAUGCAGGAGGAUCCGCCGCAGCGCGCACCGUCAGCGCGGCCCCACGGGCCGCUGGCAGUGCGGCGCGGAGAUCGAUUGCUACCGACAUCGGAGACCCGCGGCGUGUGCGCGAGGCGGCCCAGCAAUGGCAGGCUCGACACGGGAUCGGUUGUGCGUGUGUACGUGCGCCACGUUGCUCAUUCGUUGCCCCCCCCCUUCAGUCCCGGUUGGCUCAUGCCACCCUCACCGCACCGCAUUUUCGUCUACCCCCUGCCCCCUCCUGCCAUCCGCGCUCACAUGGCAUAUGGCUGGCGGCGGCUGCGAGACCCAAAGCGGUCUUUGAGGGCUCGGGCGCUUCUAGUCCGCGUGCGCGCUACCUGCUUUUAGACCUUCUCCGCCCUGUCGCCGCUCGCAGGGUCGCGACGCCG